AUGCAUGAAGAGAUGCCCGAAAUAAUGGAGCGUCGAGCCACGUCGGCGUCUAUCCCGACUUCUAAAUCAUCGGUAAAACCUCUUCCAGUUCCAAAACUAUCAGAAGGAGCUACUCCAGUCGAGUCAGCUCUGAAAUCCAAAAGAUUCAGUCUUGUCCAUAUGCCAACAAAACAAGAACGACGAGUUACAAUCAGACCAUAUGAAAGCUUCAGAGAACGAAAAGAAGAGAAGCCGGACACAAUCACAUUCGGAUACGCUGCUUUGAGUACGAAUGAAGAUGAAUCAAGGAAAGAUAUGGAGAUGGAAGAGGGACGACCCGUAUCUCCAUCCCCAUCAAUAUUCUCAAUCUAUGGAGAUGAACCUGGACCAUCUACAAUAUGCGAACAACCAGUUGGUGCUCAAGCCGACGUCUUCAUCUCAUCUCUAGGAGAGAAAAAGCUGACACAAAUCAAGAAAUAUUUGGAUUCGACUCCUCGAGAGGAGCACAUGUACUUUUUAUGGGUAAAAGAUUCCGAGGUUAACAAGAUCACUGUGAUAUCAAUAAAAACAUUGGAGAAUCAUCUGAAAAACGACAGUCGUGUGAGGAGAGUAAAAUGGAGACACUUAUCAUCUGAAAGGGUGUCAAUCUAUCGAUACAGUCUGCCAGCAAUCACUUAUGAGAAAUCCAAAAUGUGCAAAGAAUGUCUCUGUCGUCACAAAAAGCUGUGUCUACUACUCGUCUGGCUUGCCUUUGUCCUUUUCCUCUGCCUCGUCGUCGUCCUUGGAUCCCUUUCUCCAGAUGAUCGAGCUCAUCCAUUUGCACAUAAUCAAUCAAAGACAAUUCCACCUCAAUCACUUCUCCUUCCACAACAAUCUCCUCCACAACUUUCGGCUGUUCUUCUGAAUACGUCGUUGGUUGGAUGA